CUUUUAGUCGUGAAAGUUUUAUGCUCUCCGAUUAUUCCGGCAGCAAGUGAAGGCAUCAUAAUUAAGAUUAAACUAGCUGGCGGAUAAACUCCGGUAAUGUAUACAAUCUUCAAAGUCCCACCUGUAACUGAAUCAAAGGGUUGUUUUUUUAGUUUCCUGGUAGUUAAUAUUACUAAAAUAACAUUCAAUAAAAGUGAUACAAUUAAGCUAAAUGGUCAAAUUAACGCGUAUCAACAAAGAUGAAAGUAAAGCAACAUCUGAACUGUUAGCAUCUGUGUGUUUCACAGGAGCUUUCAAAAUGUCUUACUGGAUGUGCUGCAACGCCUGCUUCCUCUGUCCCAGUGCUGAGAGGAAGCUGGCUGUCACCACCUGUGGACAUGUCAUCUGUAGUGUCUGUUUUCAGAAAGGCAACCAAGGCAAGUGUUUAAUAUGCAACGCCAAGUGCCAGAUAUCCCCUCUCUCUGACAAAAGCAGCUCAGAGGUGAAGGCCCUGUUCACCGACAUCAAUGUUGUCGCAACCAAGCACUUCACUGAAAUCAGCAAGGUUAUUAUGUUCCAGGCAAGACAUCAAAAGAGACUUUUGGCUCAUUACCAGCAAAGGAGCGAGAAGCUGGAAGACGUUUUAGUCAAGAUGAAGCAGGAAAUGCAGCAGAUGUCAAAGAAGCUUAACGAACAGAGCGCCUACAUUGCAAAGCUGGAAAACUCUCUUCAGCAUCACAGUUCCAAAGUUUCAUCAGGGCCUCAGAUGAGCCACAGUUCCCACACUCCACAGAGACACAAACCAGUCCUACAGAUCCUGUAUAACUCCCCCAUGUCGCUCUCAAGACACUCGUCAAUGGCUAAUGUCGCUGAAAACAUGGAGGUGGAUGGUCUCUUCAGGAAGCCAAACAGCGCCCCCAGGCUGUCACUAAUCAGCCCGCCGCAGGACGGACGAAUGGGUACCAUCCCUCAUCGAUCGUCCGAUCAGAACCUGAUGGCCAACUACUCAACUCGCUCAGCCACAGUCAGUCGUUUUCGAGGAGCACCGAUGACCCCAGAUGUUUCAUACAGCCACACGUCUGGAUGGAAGUCUCCUAUCUUCAAACCUGUCUCCUCCUUCAGACACUCCUUGUCCUCCCUGGUGUUCCCUCCUCCAUAACACACACACACACACACACACACACACACACACACACACAGACACACACACACACACACACACACACACACACACACACACACACACCAUGGAGCCUUUAGAGGGAACACACCUGGCCACUGACAUGUGUUCAAAGGUAUUCACGUCUCUCACAGACUAGAAGAAAUGUUUGUGUGCUGUAUUUUAACAACCCUGGAUCCACAGUUGUAUUUACAUGAGAAUGGGACGUACUUCAAUUUUAAUAUGCAAUUAAAUGACACGUUGAACGCCCCA